CAUACCACUGAGCACUAUGUCUUCAGCAGUCACUAUCGCACUUCGUGGAGGGCAAGCCUUUCAUUCUGUGGUGGUGCUUUGUCUUUCAAGCUAUGUCGCAUAUGAGAAUAACCACUCACUCAAUCCUUCCUCUACCGAAAUCAACUUCCUUCUCUUUGCAUCCUCGUUCUCAAUAAUAACACUUCUGCUCUUGGAAGUCGUACCCCUCAUCUCGCCGAGAAGAACAUCGCCCUAUGCAGCAUUGGUGGUUCAAGCUUUAGUUUCUUUUCUGUAUAUGGGUGGCUUUAUCGCGUUGUCGGUCUUUCUCUCAAGACUUUUGUUCUGUGAGGGGUCAGUUUGCCUUGCCGCUCGUCUUGACGCGGUAUUCGCUGCAUUCAGUUACGCUGUGUGGACUGCAUCAGCCACUAUCAGUGGCAUUCAGAUCUCGAAAAGGUUGAAGAGUGGAAUGCAUCGUGACUUAUUCGAGAGUAUUGAGGAGAAAGUGGUGGCGGAGAAAGUUUAGUUAAGAAAGAAAAGAGAAGAGAGUGGUAUCAAAUUCACGCCGAGAUCUUGGAAACGACGAAUGGC